AGAAAUACAAGAACCGCCUCGACCAAGGAAGGAAAAUAAAAAAAAUUACCAUCCAAAAUCACAUUUCUCGCUAUGGAUGCACGCGCUACAAAUAUUAGCCCAUCCAUCUUACACGUGUCAUCCUGGAGAAAGCGAGUUCAAUAACAUUCGCCAAUCGUAGCUCUCGUCCUCUCCGUACCGUAACUAACACAUCGUGCACACACAGUGCAAUUAUUUCUUCCCGCCAAAAGCAACCAAAAAAAACAAAAAAAGGGAACCGAAAAAGCUCCUCAGUCUCCUUCAUUCUUCCUCUAUAUAUAGGCCUAGCCCGUCAACUUCAUCAUUUUUCUCUCAUAAUUUUCAAAAUUUUCUUAGAUCGACCUCUCUCUCUGUUUUCCUUCUAUCUCUGUGAGAAUCUGCUAGCUGGAGAAUCAGGAACCGCCACCAUGAAAGCUCCGAAAGCCGCUGUUAUUGCUCACAAAAAGCCUGACGCCGAGAUGCUGAAGAAGCGUAAAGCUGAAAUGAUCACAAUGAAGAAGAAGAAAGCGAGUAAGAAGAGCUCUGACGCUCCAAAGCGUCCUGCCACUGCCUUUUUCAUUUUCAUGGAGGAGUUUAGGAAGACUUUGAAAGAGAACAAUCCUGAUAUCAAGUCUGGUCCAGCUGUUGGCAAAGCUGGCGGUGAAAAAUGGAAAUCGAUGUCUGAUUCCGAGAAGGCUCUGUACAUUGAAAAAGCGUUGAAGAGGAAAGCAGAGUAUGAAAAAGCCCUUGAAGCAUAUAAGAAGCUCAAUGGCAAAGGAGAUGAUGAAAAGGCAGAGUCCUCUGAGAAAUCAACUUCUGAAGUCCAUGAUGGGGAAGAGGAGGCAGAAAGCUCCUAGGAAAUAGGAGCAGCGAACUUCAUGAAGUCAAUGACACAUAAAUUUGGGGACAGCUUUUGGUACAAGUUUAGGAUUUUCGUUUAGCUAUCUAGUUUUUUGUACUCUUACAUGGAUUUGGUUAACUUUUAGUUCCCUGACUAUUUGCGUGUUCUGUAAAUGCCUUCUUCAUGUUGCUUGUACUUUUUGGCUACUGCAUUUGGCUCUCGUAUCUUUCCUAUAUGGUAAAAGGUAAUCCUUAUGGGGUAUUUUGGCUGAAAAUGCCGUGCUCAGCUUUUGUC